GCAAGGUGCUUUCAUGAAAGAAGGAGACGCAGUCUCUGUCCAUAUAACACCAAUUUCCACAUUUCACUAGGGACAUUGUCUUUGGAAGAGAAUGCGCAUCGUUAGUGAUGGCAUGUUUCGCAACAAACAUAAACUGAACCACUGCGAUAGGGUGCAUUACGAUUCAACAACUCGCCCGAAAUGAAACCGAUUUGAAACUGAGCGAUUUCGAGCAAUAAAUGCCCAAUGUUCUAUUUUCUGAAACCUUUUCUACUGGGAUAUACUUUCUCACAUUUCACACCUUAUGAACACAUGAAAUAUUUAAUUCACCUCAAAACAUAAACGUUUUGACAUCAGUAAGCAUGUCGUAAAACAUCGUUAAAUCCACUACCGAAACAGGCCCUAACGGCAACAUUAACUUACGUCGUGUCAUUGUAUCUCCUCAACUACUUUUGUUUUAUCCUCCGUGGCAAAUAAUAAAUACAAAAUGUUAACGCCAUAGAAAAAUCAUGCUCGGUUAUCUACCGAAACCGAUCAACUGGGCCUAAAAGACAAACUAUUGGUGAAAAUGAUAUGAAGGGAUCACUGAAAAGCUGUGAUGGCACCUGGUCUUCGCCCUUAUAUUGUUUUAGUUCGUUGCCUAACGCAGCACAGCAGUACUCUUGCCACACGAUUGCGACCUCAAAACAAUCAAGUUCUGAUUAGACAAUCUAUUGACACCAUAGCGCGAUUACUAAUUUUGUUGAAUUGUUUGUUUGUUUGUUGUUUAACGCCGCACUCAGCAAUAUUCCAGCUACAUGACGGUGGUCUGUAAAUAAUCGAGUAUGGACCAGACAAUCCGGUGAUUGACCACAUGAGCAUCGAUCCACGCAAUUGGGAUCGAUGACUUGCAUCAACCAAGUCAGCGAGCCUGACCACUCGAUCCCGUCAGAUAACAAAAACUACAUUAACAUUGGAAAAACACGGUUCUUUUUCUUAGUGAGUGAGCAUGGUUUUAUGCCGCUUUUAUAAAUAUUCCAGCUAGAUCACGACGGGCUUCACAUAUUGUACCCAUUUCGGGAAUCGAACCCUUGUCUUCGUUGUGACGAGCGAACGCUUUAACCACUAGGCUACCCGACCACCUCUCUUUUUGUUAGACCAGUCAUAUCUAAAAGUAGAUAGAGAUGUUGACAUACCUAUCCCAUUUGUUAUCUUUGUUUAGUCAGGCCACCUGUCCGCUACUAUAUCCUGUCUAUUGACCUCAGAUAUCAAUCUGUGCAUCUUGUUAGUCUACAAUGUCUGACACCACCUCCCUCAGGAUGUUGGCUCUGAAUGUGUUUGUCGGUGCCCUUAUUCUGCCGCAGAUCAUCACAGGGGCCAAAAGGAAUGUCCUCCUCGUCCUAGGUGACGAUGCAGGCUUUCAAAUGGGUGCCUAUAACAACACUGCCUGCAAGACACCAAAUUUUGACAAACUGGCUGCCAGAAGCGUUGUGUUUAAACACGGAUAUACCUCCGUUAGUAGCUGUUCCCCGAGCAGAGCUGUACUUCUGACCGGUCUUCCGGAGCACCAGAACGGCAUGUAUGGAAUCCAUAGUGCAUGGCACCAUUUCAACUCCUUCGACAACGUCAGGAGUCUUCCCGUCAUCCUCGACGACGCUGGCAUCAGGACUGGUAUCGUAGGCAAGAAACACAUUGGUCCAGAUGCGGUGUAUAAGUUUGACUAUGAAGAAACGGAAGAACAGCAUGAUGCUAAUCAAAUAGGAAGAAAUAUCACAUAUAUGAAGAACUAUAUUGAGGAAUUCAUCAACGACAACGACACAAGGCCAUUCUUUCUCUAUAUUGGUUUCCAUGAUCCGCAUCGAUGUAACCAGAUUCCCAAAUAUGGUGAAUUUUGUGAGAAGUUUGGAAAUGGAGAACCUGGAAUGGGCGUUAUCUCUGAUUGGACACCUGUUAAAUACGGCCCUAGUGACGUCAUGGUACCCUAUUUUCUGCCUGACACCCCCGCGACCAGACAGGACCUUGCUGACAUGUACACUACCUUCAGCCGAAUGGAUCAGGGCAUUGGUCUUUUCCUCAGUCUUCUGGAAGCAGCAGGACACAUGGAUGACACUCUCAUACUCUUCUCUUCUGAUAAUGGCAUCCCUUUCCCGGGCGCAAAGACAAAUCUGUAUGACCCAGGGAUGGGGGAACCAAUGAUGAUAUCAUCACCCCUUCACAGGGGCAGUUGGGGAAAAGUAACCGAAUCAAUGGGAAGUUUGAUGGAUUUCACGCCGACAAUUUUGGACUGGUUCAAUGUCUCCUACCCACAGUAUAAGAUAUUUACAGAUGUCGUAGAGCUCACUGGCAAAUCCUUACUUCCGGUCCUUUCAAACCCAAGCAAUCUGACCAACGAUCACGUGUUUUCAAGUCACACAUUGCAUGGUGUACAUCAGCAUUAUCCGAUGCGAGUACUGAGAACCUCCAAAUACAAACUGAUUCACAACAUUUUCCCAAAUACCCCGUAUCCAAUAGCAACGGAUAUAUACUUCUCCCCUACUUUCCUUGACCUUCUCAAUAGAUCAAGGUCAAAUGUUGACCCUUGGGUAUGGUUCAAGUCAAUGUCUGAAUAUUAUUAUCGAUCUGAAUGGGAGCUUUAUGAUAUCAGAGCUGAUUUCAAGGAGAGGAUAAAUUUGGCCUUUGAUUCGGCGCACCAAACGGUACUGGAAUCCCUUCAGAAGCAACUGUAUGCGUGGCUGUGGGAGACCGAUGACCCCUGGGUGUGUCUGCCCCGGGCCGUGGUCAGUGAAAAACAUUGCUAUCCGUUGGACAAUGAGAGAGAAGCAGAUAUGAUAAAUCGCUAUAGGUAUCGUGAUAAAUCACACAAAUAGAUAUUGUUAUCGAACAAGUACUAAAGUCAAUAUAUUGAUAUAAGCAAAUAUAUAUUUGUGAAUCCUUGCUUUGAAAGUGAGAGUAACGCCACUUCUUAAUCAUGAUGUAUGUCGAAAUAGUUUAGAAAAUAGUGAGUGAGUUGGGUUUAACGCCACUUUUAACAGUAUUCCAGUUAUAACACGGCGUGUCAGCUUAAUGUGGUAGGAAAGCCCGAAGUGAUGCAGGUC